AUGCCAAAUCGUCAUUACGAUGAGCCUAACCAGAGCGAUGCCACGUUAUUAGUGAGCGUGGAAGAUCUGAUCUAUAGAGCCCUUGGGAGUCCUAAUGAAAAUACAGUAAACUUCAAAUUGGUCCAAAUGAUCCUCCACAUAUUGGCGCGUCAACAGCGUAUGUUAGAACAACGUGUUGAGAUUAGGGAGGAAGACUUUGAAGUCAGUCAACCUAGAGAGAAAUCAACUUCUACAAGUUCGUCUUCAAAAAGUCCUCGGACACCUGGUAGAAAAAAAAUGGCAGGAAUUAAAGAAGAGCGUGAACCUAAAAAAAAAGAUACAGACAAGAAAAAAGAUGCUGAAAAAGAGAAAGAAGAAAAAGAAACAAAGCAUCAAAAAGAAAAAGCAGAACUAAUAUCAAAAAAAGAACAAAAAUCUCCAAAAGAACUUGAAAAGAUAGCUAAGAAAGAUAAAGAAAAAGCUGAGAAGGAACGAAAGCAAGCUGAAAAAGAGCGAGAAAAAUCGCCGGUAUCUACGAAAGGUGGGGAAAAAACAAAGAUAGCCGUGACAGAGUCACGCCCACGCGCUAGUAUCGAUGUCGUCACGCAGUCACAAUUCGCUGUUCUCGAGGCCACCGUGAAUGAACUGAAGAGUUUAGCUCUCCCUAAACCACUAGCUCUUCCGGAUAACGAACAGUUAAAAAGCGACUUAGCCAGGGGCAGUGCCUCAUUACCUGACACUAUGCAAGCUAUGCAGGUCGACGCUCGAGUAAAAGCAGCCGAGGAAGCUAUAAACCGUAUGACAGGAAUUUUAACUCAGCUAACAGCGGCUGGUGGCCUGUCUGAAGAUCUUGCGGACAAAGUUGAGGAAGUAAUAACUGAGCAUGCCCUGGAAACUGUUGAAGCUAAGCCCAGUGAAUUAAAGCCUGCAGAAGAAACAUCUAUAUUUACAAUAUCAUUUUCUCAGUCCGUUAAAUCUCGUCCAUCGAUCGCGGUGAGAAAAUCAGUUUCCGUUGAUCCAAAAAUAUCGCAAGCGCCUUUGUCUCGCCCUUCAUCUGUUUCUACACCGGUUACUCCUAAACCGUCUCAAGCGACGACAAGUAAAGCGUCUAUAGUUUCUAGAAUAUCAAGUAUGUUUACGGGUCCUGGAGUAACACAUGAGGAAAUGAAUGCCGCCUUGAAAGCCCUACGUAAUGAGUUGUCAAAAAAUUUGGAAAACUUGACAACCAGAGCAAUCACUGCAGCUGAGAAUGCCCUACACACUGCCAAAGUUGUAGCCGAUAGAUUAGAUAUCGCACUAAAAUUAGAUCUACGCAUUUCCACACUGUACUCAUUGGUUGGAGAUUACGCGGAACAGUUGAGCGGGUUCGAUGAUGGGUUGACUACUCAGAUGCAAAGUUUUCAAGACCAAAUGGCGCAAAUACGUACAGACCUCAAGAAUGGCCUGUCUCAGUUAGAAAAUGUUAACAAUAAUGCUGAAGGUGCAGCUGUCAUUGAACUAACAGAGAGGUACCAAGAUUUAGUGACAGAGCUGGACUCUACGUUGCACGCGCACAAAGCGCUCACUACCUUGCAAUCUGAACUGGGCGGAGAAAUGCAUAGUUUGGUGGAAUGUGUAGAGAUGCUGCGAGAACAAAAGUGUGAUCGAGAUGAAGUGUUGGACGGUCUGAGAGAUAAGGCGGACGCCACGCGCCUCGCCGGCUUGCUGACGGAGAUCGACUUCGCCGCGGCGCGCGCGGACUUCGAGCGACGCAUAGAGCUGUGCCACGAUAAGUUCCGGAGGCAGGAGGCUGUUUGGAUGGCGGCAAUAAGGGACCUGACGCACAUCACCGACCACAAGGCGGAGCUGGUGGAGCUGCUGUCGGCGCGCGACGACGCGCGGCGCCGGCUACGGGAGCUGCACGCUCGGCGCGCUCGGCGAGCCGCAGUCUAUGAUACACAUCAUGGCUUUUUCAAGCCAAGCAAGGCGGCCCUCUUGACGCGCGAGGUGUCGGCGGGCGCGGUGUGCGGCGCGUGCGGCGCCGCCGCCCUAAUGGCGGCGCACGACGCGGCGCGCGGGGCGCCGGCGCGCCUGCCCGCGCUCCGCCCCCCGCCAGAGGACGACCUCCACCCGCCUUGUAUCAGUGACUGGAUCGGUCCAGAGCCUCCUAGCGAUAAACACGUGUGCCGGCGCUGGUGCGGCGGCUCGCACACGCUGCUGGCGGGCGCGGCGCCGCGGGAGCGCGCGCCGCCCGGGCCGCCGCCCGCGCCCUCCGCGCGGGCGCCGCCCGGGCCGCCGCCCGCGCCCUCCGCGCGCUACGCCGGCUACGGGGAGGACGGACGGCUUUACAUGAUGGAAGAGGAGUUAAAGCCGUGUCUAGAGUGUAAUUUACUGAGCACAGAGGCUCCGCCCGCGGCCGACGGCGGCGCCGGGGACUCCCCCGCGUCGCGCCCACCGACACAAGAUGCU